GUCGAUAUCGGAAGUGACAUCACGGGGUAGCUGCCGAUAUAAUAUAACCCGCCGGAUCAGAGGAAUUUACUUGGCGCUGAUGUAUAAAACAGCACGGAAUCUCAUACUAAGAUAGAAUCUCAGCCUAGCAUUUAAGGAUGCCGGAGCCCAAGUUAAUGGGCUACACGCCCACCGGUGUAGAGGGAUCAGCUGCCAACAACCACUCUUCAGAGCCCCACUCAAAUGGCCAACCCAAAGUAGAAUAUUCUGCUGCCCAAUCCAGCAAUGGCAAAGUAGGCCACAAAGAUUCAGAGGAUGAAACUUACAAGGCUAAUGGACGGUCUGCUGCCGACGUCAAUAGGGUGGCACUUUCUGAUGAGAAACAUUCUGCAAAAUCCAGAAGCUCAAGUGAAAAAACUGAUGAAGAUGGUAAAGAAAAGAAGGAGGAAGAGGAGACCCAAAUGGUGGGACUGUUCGAAGUUUUCAAGUUUGCCACCUGUGGUGAUGUGUUCCUCAUGAUUCUCGGGUCGAUACUAGCCUGUUGUCAUGGCGCCGCUUUGCCGGGAAUGAUCAUCGUGUUUGGAGACAUGAUUGAUCUAUUUGUGAAUUCAGGCUUGUAUAGUACCGCUGUGGAUUCCAUUUAUGCAAUCCUGGUUGCCUUGGGGUACUCACUCUCAUUUACACGGGAUGAGGCAUUCUCAGACCCAGAGCUCCUCAGACAGUACAGGAAUGUGAGUAACAUCAGCUCCUAUCUGCCACAGCUCGACUACCAGCUGGAGAACAGUCUUCUGGACAAGAUGGGCCUAUUUGCCAUUUAUUAUAUCAUUAUCGGUGUUGGUGUGCUUGUGGUAGGGUAUGGCCAGGUCACAUUUUGGGCCAUUGCUGCAGAGCGACAAUCUCACAGGAUCCGACAAGCAUUCUUCAAGAAUGUAGUUCGCCAGGAAAUUGGCUGGUUUGACACACAUGAAUCUGGAGAGCUGAACACCCGUUUAUCUGAUGACAUUAACAAGAUCCAUGCAGGUAUUGGAGAUAAGCUGGGAUCUUUCUGGCAGUGGUUUUCAGGCUUUCUGGCUGGGUUUGCGAUUGGCUUCUACUACGGCUGGAAGCUCACCCUUGUCAUUCUUGCCAUAAGUCCACUGUUGGCUGCCACAGGAUUUGUCAUGAAUAAGUUGGUGGGGACAAUGUCUAGUCUGGAACUAAAGGCGUACGCGAAGGCAGGCGCUGUGGCAGAAGAGGUACUAAGCUCGAUCCGUACUGUAGUGGCCUUUGGUGGACAGAAAAAGGAGUUUGUCAGGUAUGACAAAAACUUGGAACAUGCCAAGGCGAUUGGUGUAAAGAAAAGCUUAACCAGUGGAUUGUCUAUGGGACUUAUUUGGUUCAUCAUGAUGGGGUCAUAUGCUCUUGGAUUCUGGUAUGGUGCCAAGCUUGUUCGGGAGGAUGGUUACAGUAUUGGAAAAGUCCUCAUCGUAUUCUUCAGUGUUUUAAUUGGUGCAUUUUCUCUGGGUAAUGCAGCUCCUCAUCUCCAGAGUCUGGCAGUGGCCAGAGGAGCAGCUUAUAUCAUCUAUCAAAUGAUAGAGCAGAAACCAGACAUUGACAGUGAAUCCAAGGAAGGGAAGAAACCCAACAGUAUCCAUGGGAACGUUGAUUUCCAGGGAGUACGCUUUACCUACCCAGCAAGGAAGGAGGUUGAGGUCCUGAAGGGCGUUGACCUACAUGUGGCCAACGGUCAAACCGUAGCCCUAGUAGGAUCCAGUGGGUGUGGUAAAAGUACCAUGGUCCAGCUGCUGCAGCGUUUCUACGAUCCUACGGACGGAAAGAUUUUGAUAGAUGGUACAGAUAUCCGUGAAUUGAAUGUAGCCUGGCUGAGACAACACAUCGGAAUUGUCAGUCAGGAACCUGUACUCUUUGCCACAACUAUCGCAGAAAACAUCCGUUAUGGAAGGGAAAAUGUAACCGAUGACGAAAUCAGAAAGGCUGCUCAGAUGGCUAAUGCUCAUGACUUUAUCAGCAGUCUUCCUGAUAAAUAUGAAACACUGGUUGGGGAGAGAGGUGCCCAGCUGAGUGGUGGUCAGAAGCAGAGAGUAGCCAUCGCCCGUGCCCUGGUCAGAGAUCCACGGAUUCUGCUGCUGGACGAAGCCACAUCGGCCUUGGACACUGAGAGUGAGGCUAUUGUACAGGAGGCCCUGGAUAAGGCAAGGGCAGGAAGAACUACCAUUGUGAUAGCACACAGGCUGUCCACCAUCAAGACUGCUGACAGCAUUGCUGGGUUUAAGGAGGGUGAGAUUGUGGAAAGAGGAACACACGACCAACUGAUGGCUAAAAAUGGAGUUUACAAGACACUGGUUACAAUGCAGACCCAUGAUCGAGAUGAGGAAGAAGAGGAAGAUAUCAUUGCGGCAUACAUUGACGAUGGUAAGAAGCCUGCAGCAAGCCAUGGAAAACUGAAACGGCUUUUGUCCACCACCUCGGAUGUUGGGAGUGCAGCAGAGGAAGAGGAAGAUACAACAGGCGAUAAGAAGGACAAGAAAAAGAAAAAGAAGAAGAAGAAGGAAGAGAAGGAAGAAUCAGCUCCGUUUUCUCGUGUGAUCCGCCUCAACUCUCCAGAAUGGCCCUUAAUCUUGUUUGGUACCUUUUGUUCCAUUUUGAAUGGUGGCGUACAGCCAGCUUUCGCUGUCAUCUUUGCUGAAGUCAUUGGUGUAUUUGCAGAAGAUGAGGAGACACAGAAAAAAAACGUAGCCAUGUAUUCCUUGAUAUUGGUUGGCAUUGGUGCAGGAAGUUUCUUCGCUAUGUUAGGACAGGCCUACUUAUUUGGAAAAUCAGGAGAAUGUUUGACAUUAAGGAUUCGACAGAUGGUGUUCAGAGCUAUGCUGAGACAGGACAUUUCCUGGUUUGAUGAUCACAAAAACAGUACUGGAGCCUUGACAACCCGACUAGCGACAGAUGCAUCAAUGGUCCAUGGGGCAGCAGGAGCACGUAUUGGCGGGUUUUUCCAAGCGUUGGCUAAUAUGGGGACCGCCAUUGUAAUAGCGUUUAUCUAUGGGUGGAAGCUGACUUUGGUCAUCUUUGCCUUCCUCCCAGUCAUCGCUAUAGCUGGAAUGCUGGAAAUGAAGAUGCUUACUGGUGUUGCUGGACAAAACAAGGAGGCUCUGGAAGAUGCAGGAAAAGUUGCCACAGAGGCAAUUGAAAACAUUCGGACUGUGGCAAGCCUGUCAAAGGAGCCCAAGUUUUUAAAGCUGUACAUUGCUGAUCUGGAGGUGCCAUACAAAGCUGCUCUUAGAAAGGCCCACCUGGUGGGGCUAGCCUUCUCAUUGUCGCAGGCUGUGCUAUUCUUUGCCUAUGCAGCUGCCUUUUACUUUGGAGCCUAUCUGAUCAAGGAGAAUGAAAUGAACUUUGUUGAUGUGUUUAAGGUAUUCUCUGCCAUCGUGUUUGGGGCUAUGGCUGUGGGACAAGCAAGUGCCUUUGCUCCAGAUGCAUCAAAAGCUGGAGUUUCUGCAGCUGCAAUAUUCAAACUCCUUGAUCAGGAACCAAAAAUAAAUUGGGAGUCUGAUGUAGGGCAAAAACCAGCUAAAUUCAGCAGUGCUGUGUCAUUCAGAAACACAAAAUUCCAUUACCCUACACGUCCAGACAUCAAGGUGCUACAAGGACUCAACUUGAAUGUAGCCCCCGGAGAAACCCUCGCCCUAGUGGGAGCCAGUGGGUGUGGCAAGAGUACUACAGUCCAACUCAUCGAGAGGUUCUACGAUCCUGAUGAAGGAUCUGUGAUACUUGAUCAGAUUCCAAUUCCGGAUCUCAAUAUACAAUGGCUACGAGAACAGAUCGGUAUUGUGUCUCAAGAGCCAAUCCUGUUUGACUGCAGCAUUGCAGAGAACAUUGCAUAUGGGGACAACACACGAGAAAUUCCUAUGGACGAGAUCAUUGCAGCUGCCCGGAACGCCAAUAUCCAUGAAUUCAUUUCCUCAUUACCAGAUGGAUACGAGACAAGCGUUGGUGACAAAGGGACACAACUCAGUGGCGGACAGAAACAGCGGGUGGCCAUCGCUCGUGCCCUGGUAAGGAAUCCUAAGAUCCUGUUGUUGGAUGAAGCAACGUCUGCCCUCGACACGGAGAGUGAGAAGGUUGUGCAAGAAGCCUUGGACAAAGCUAGAGAGGGACGGACAUGUAUAGUGAUUGCCCAUCGUCUGUCCACCAUCCAAAAUGCUGACAAAAUCUGCGUUAUCAAACAUGGUCAGGUAGCAGAAGAGGGGCGUCACAGUGACUUAAUGGGGAAACAAGGAAUUUACUACAAACUGCAGUCUGCUCAGGCUCGCAAAAAAUAAAUUCUUCAAAAUCGUUCGUACUUGACAUCAAAGUCACAAGUGCUGCAGUUAUUGUUGCCUUAACUAAAUUAUAACGUUUACCUCUGUGGAGAAUAGUAGGCGUGUGACCGGUGUCAUAUCAGGAAACUAGGGGUGUGACCAGUGUCAUUUCAGAAAACUAGGGGAGUGUGACUAGUGUCUUAUCAGAAAACUGUCCAAAUUGAAAAUGUCAAAAUUCAUUUUGUUUUUAUUGAAUUUAAAUCACUUUUGAAACAAUUAAGAACCUGAUAUUAAUGGCUAUUGUUGGCCUGUAUGGAAGUUGCACGUAGUCUUAACCUACUAUGAAACUAUAGUACCUAGAUAAAACCCAUGUGGUCGGCAAGGUUACCAUAUCCCUGAUCUUGUUAUUGUCUAGUCAUAACACUUUCAUAUCGGCUAGCUAGUGCCCAGGACAAAUCUAAUGGCAAUUUAUCAACUUACUCUCCAGGGAAUGAUGAACAUUUGUGAUUGUGUGCUGCAUUUUCUAAUGUAAUUUUGUGAAUUCUACAGAGAGAACUAAGUUAUCAAACUUAGCUAUUGAUUUUAAUUAGUUAAUUAUAUAUAUAGCUAAUGGUUUUAAUUGGUUAAUUACAUGUAUAUAUAGUAUAGAUUCUAUGUACAAAUUUAGUAUAUAAUCAGCUAGAAACCAAAUUUAUUCAUGCCUACUAUGAAACCUCAAUGAUACUAUAAUGUGGAUGUUUUGUACAAUGUGUGUGGAUGUGAGAGAAGUUGUCGAGUGUGGUGAUGAAUACUUAUUUGUGCAUCAGCUGUGUUUAUGUGGGAAAUGUAGGACCAGUUAUUAAUUAUUUUAAAACUAAUAUAAGAUUAAGAGGAUUUUUGUUACGAGUUUUUUUUAAUUACCCGGUAAUUCGUCAUUUAACCAUGACAAAAGAAGAAAAACAUGUCGAGAUUGAAAAGAUUUAAUGUCAAAUGAAACUAGAACUAUAUAUCCAUUAAAAGUUCAAUUACAAUGUGGCAAUUAGAUAUUACCAGUAUUCUAUAAUUCUAACAUCAAUUGGCUGUAAGAGUGUUAAUGAAAUGGGCCUACUGGGGGCUUAAUUGUAAAUACUGGUACAUAUCUAUUUUAAUUUUUUUUUUACUUAGACCUGUGAUAUCAAAAAUGUUAAAUCUGUUUUUAGAUUUAUAUUUAACUUGUUUUUUCUUUAAAAAAACUUUUCUCUUCCUUGUUCAGUGCUACUUUGCCUAUAUGCAUUUUCUCUGUAUUUUCACUUCAGACAUCGACUGUGAUAUUAUGACAAUAAAUCUGGACCAGGAUGUCAUGAUAAUUAUUGGCCUCAUAAUCAUUAUGAUACACACAGUUUCAAUUCAUUUAUUGAAAAAUCGGAAGAUUAAUAUGUAACGUGUAAUCUUCUUCUAUUCUCAAAACCAAUGGAACAUCUAAGUAUUUAAUUGUUUAGUUUUGUACUUCUAUUGUUCUAAACAGGAUUGAAGGCAAAAUGUGCUGACACAUUAAUUUCUAAUUUGUCUUAAAUCCUUUUAAGAAUGGAAGGAUUAUAAGUUGGAAAGAAGACAUUUCAUGGCUGUUUUUGAUGUCCGUUAUAAUCUACCAUACACUUGCAUACUAUAUAUGUUCAUUGUGUAACUAUAUCCAAAUGUAUUUCAAUCAAACUUUGGUUUGUUGUGCCUACACUGUAUAUUAGGUAAGACUUUUAUUACUGCAUAUCAUACAUAUACAUCUCAAUAUCAGUAUCUUAUCUUUAAUUUAUAUGACAUUGUCAGAACUAUGCUGCCUCCUCAGUAUACAUCUCCAUUUACCGUCACUGUUAGAACUUACCUUGACUACCAUGAUGGAAUAUCUACAGAUUCUGUGUAUAGAUGGUAGCUGGUUGUAUUUUUGCCUUUUUCAUUUUCAAGAAAUUAGCUCUUAGCACUUGAUAUGAAAACAGUUCAUAAAUGUUUGAGUUUUCCAAGUGUAUAGUGAUGACUUUGUUUUUUAUUGAAACAGAUUUAUCAUAUUGCCAAAAUAAAUUGUUAUCUUUAGAAUAAAUAUGUAGGUUAAUUCCCUAAGUUCUGUUGAUGGCAAAGCGAUAAGAGAUGGAGCGAAAAUCGGAAGAAAUAUAUAAAGAAAAAAACCCAAAAAACUGAUGUAUUCAUUCUUGUUGCAUUUUGUUAACUUUUGAGCAUAGAGUGUGUAAAUUAUCAUGUAGUUGUGUUUGAAGUGUAUAAUAGAUCAGAAUUACAUGUAUGUACUAAUAUUGAAGGGUUCAACGAUGACCCAAAAUCUUUGAAUUCAUUUCACUUAUAGACUGGUUACAAUAAAAGUUGCCCGUUACUCAUGCAGUUGUACCAUCAGAGUCUGUGCAUGUUACCACAAUCAUCCGGAGAUGAUUAUUAAAAUUGUGUUAUAAAGAUUUAAUAAUCUACAGAAAGGCUAAUUUUUGAUAAUUUUGCUGGUUUGAAGAAAAAAUAAAAUGAAAUAAGCUGCGGUCUGUACAAAAUGUACCAAUAUUUAUUAUGGCUGAUUCCAGCUUCAGAAUUGCUAGUUGUACCAUUCUACACGAUGAUGGAUCCAAGCCUCUUUUUGAGAGUUAAAUUUGAUGAUUAAAAGACAUGAUUAGAAAGUUUUCAUUGAAAGGAAAUAUCAUUUUUAGAAGAUAUUUCAAGAAUCUGUAUAUUUAUAUUUGAUCUUGAAUUUGGUCAUAUCAGUAUAUAUUUAUAUUUACACAACAUAUCUCUCUGUAUAUUUUCAUUUGAAAAAUUUAUUUCAACGUUUUGUUGAAUGCAUAUGUCUUCUCACAUUUCUUUGAUAUUUUUAAAAUAUUUGUCCAGGUGACUGCUUCAUGCCUCAUUUAAUUCUUUAGAUUAUAUUUUAGUUUUAGACAUAUCAGUGUUUUAUGUUAAACUGGGUCUCAGGAAUAACUGAUUUGAAUUUCAGUUAACUGUUGAAACAUUUCAUACACGCACACACCCUCCCUCACACAGAUACACACAUAUACAUGUAUAUAUAUGUGAUACAGUAUAACCUGACUAUAUACAUAUGUGAUACAGUCUAUCAGGAUCUCUGUCUUUACUGACUUCAGUGCAUGCAUUAGUUCAAACUAUUUAAUUCUUACCUGUCGAUUCUGAAAACCGAUGCUGUUUUUCUGUACUAAUUAGCAAAUAAAGCUUCCUUAAUGUUUAUUCUGGUCCCAAACUUCUUUUGGAAAACAUUUACCAAUCCAAAUUACCUACACAAUUUGUGAAAAUUCCCACUGAUGGUAAAGUUGUUUGAUAAUUACAGGGGAGUUAAUUUGUAUCACCUCCAGAUGAGGGUUAAUUUACCUUGACGAAAAGAAUGCACUGCACAUUGUUAUCAUUCUAAUAGUAACAGGUGGUUUUGAAAAUCAAUUAAAUCUAUUGAGGGACCGGAUCUUACCUUCAGUAUAAAAGCUUUUAGGUCUAAUUCAAACUUGACACAGACAGUAAAAGGAAGUUAUCAUUACUGUCAUGUAGAUAUAUAUUUUCAUAUGCAUGAAUUUACGUUCCAAAUUAUCUAUCGUCCUCUUCUAAAUUAAACACUUCUCUAAUCUGUCCCCACUAUUUCAGUACCGGUGAUAUAUGGUUUUGAAAAGCUGUACAUGACUGUGUAAAUCUUAUAUUUUCUCUGCUACAUGUAAGUAGAAUUUACACAGAUUGUGUUUAACAUUACACAGAUUGUGUUAACAUUACACAGAUUGUGUUUAACACUACAGAUUGUGUUUAACAUUACACAGAUUGUGUUUAACACUACACAGAUUGUGUUUAACACUACAGAUUGUGUUUAAUAUUACAGAUUUUGACAAUCAGAUGCCCAGAGUUCAUCCUUCAAUAAGAUUUAUAUAAUCAGUAUUUCUACAGAUUAUAGAAUGCCCAUCUUUGGAAUGGAAGUUCUUUUUGGAUAAGAGCAUAAAAGUAUAGAAAAAUUAAUUUCUGUACAUAAAGAGCUCAUAAAUAUUAUACAAUAGUGGUCACCAAGAUCCCUCCGAGAUUUCUUGUAUCAAUCUGAAAUUUGAUUUCACUCAUAUUUUUUUCUCUAUUAUAAUUUUUUUUUUUUGCUUCCUCAAAAUAAUAAAAAAAAAAUGUCAGGUUCUUGCCGUUCUGAUCAAAUGGAAACUGAUGUUAAACUGAUCUGAAGGGGACUUGGCAUUCUGCAUUCAUUUUACGUGACCAAAAGAGAAUAAUUUUAUCGAAAAUAUAAUCUGCUAAAAAUCUGGGUACAUAUGUAACUAUUUUUACUGUAUCAACUUAAAUCGCCUCUUCAAUCCAAGAAUGCAUUUGGGUUUUCUUUACACUAUGUAUUGGUUUUUAAUUUGUAUUGAACCCUAGGAGAGAUAUUAAUGAAGAUGGGUAUCUCACAGCGGGUCAAGAUAAGAUAUUCAUUCAUGGGUGUUACAGUAUACUUCACAUUUUGGAAGAAUAACUUUAUAUUGUUAUAGACACAAUCAUAGUUACUUUUUACUUGUGGUACAAAGUGCUUGAAUUUAUAUUGCAGUCAUUAUUUAAUCUUGGUAUUGUACAAUCCAGGUUUCUUAUUGUUUAUUGUUGUGUCUGCUUUAUCAUUGUCAUAUGAAUAAAGUAUUGUAUUCACUA